AUGGUCAGUCCACCUGCGACCACCACUGAGAUUAUCCAACUCACAGCCCCAUCACAUUUCCCUAUCAAACUCACCCCUUCGAACUUUUCUGUUUGGAGGCGCCAGGUCCAAUCCACGUUGAUUGGCUUCAAUCUUCUCGGCUUCAUUGACGGCUCUGUCCAAGAACCAGCCGCGUUUAAUGAUUCUGCUCGCACAGUCGCGAACCUAGCUCAUCUUGUCUGGUACCGCCAAGACCAGAUAAUCAUCAGUGCUCUUUUGGGGAGCUGUUGUGACACAAUCCAACCCCUCAUAUCCACAGCUAAAACUGCCAAUGAUGCCUGGAAACGACUUCUCGCCAGUUAUGCUAGUGCCACUCGAGGACGAAUCAUUUCCCUCAAGGCCAAGCUCACGAAAAACCCGAGAGGCGCUCGGUCUGUUACCGCCUAUCUCAAUGAUAUGCGUUCCAUAGCUGAUGAGCUUGCUUUGGCUCAGUGUCCGGUCUCCGAUGAAGACCUUGUUGUCUACGUUUUGACUCAAUUAGGAGAGGAGUACAACUCUAUCAUGUCAGCUGUUCGCAUUCGUGAAACUCCAAUUUCCUUGGGAGAAUUAGCAGACAUUCGCACUGAUCAUGAACGCCAACUAAAAGAGGCCGAUGAUGCUCGUCAGUCCUUAAUGGCCAGUGCUAAUAUUACUCAACGCGGUUCUUUUGGUUCUCGUAAUCAAUAG